GGCUUUGUCUGUGUUUUCCCGUGAGCCCCUGAUGCCAGGUUAAGAGUUUAUAGAAAUAGUCUGUAUGGAGGUAAAUAUAUUAUAACUGUAUCCUCUCAGUGACACAGCAGCUACUAACCCGCCCGUGAGGCAACCGACAGUUUCACUUUAGUGUCAGAACCUCAAAAAAUCUCUAAAGAUGCCGCUCUUUGGGAACACGUUCAGUCCGAAGAAAACACCUCCCCGCAGAUCGGCUUCCCUGUCCAGCCUUCAUACGUUGGAUAGAUCAACAAGGGAAGUCGAGCUGGGCCUUGAAUAUGGACCUCCUGUGAUGAACAUCGGAGGUCAAAGCAUGAAAUUUGAAGACGGACAGUGGAUAACAGAAUCCGGUGAGAACACAUCUGGAAGGGAAGCACAGAGGCUCAAAAAAAGAAAUGUCCAACUGGAGGAUGAAAACAACCUCUUAAAACUAAAGAUUGAAAUCCUCAUGGACAUGUUGACAGAGACGACCGUAGAGUACCACCUGAUGGAGAAAGAAGUGGAAGAUGUCAAAACACAUCAAAGGAAGAAAUGACUGUUAUUCACACUGCAUUUUCUGCAGGAAAUGCACUUUCUAGUUCUUAUUAAACAUGUCUCUGGGAACACAAACCUAAAGAUGCUGUUAAUUUUUAGAAAAGAUUUCUGCCCUUUAAUUAUUUAAAGUCCCAAUUCUACACCUAAAGUAAAUGGUUGAGAGAGAUUGUUUUGAAAUAUUAAUGCGACCAAAAAGAGAAAUAUCUGUUGUCAGCAUCCUUUGUAAUAUGAUCUUGUUUUGAAAUAUAAAUGCGUCCAAAAGAUAAAUAUCUGUUGUCCGCAUCCUU